CCCAGUACGAGCCUUGACUUUGGCUCAAGUGUCCUGUUUGCAGUAACGGGCUGCACAUAGGGACUAUGAAUAAGGUCCCCGAUGAGCUCCAACUCUUUGUCUCUGAGAGGAGGAGGAGGUGUGGGAGAUCGCGGCCUAAGCUGGAGGAUCUGCUCUGUGUACUCUGAGAACUUGGCCCUUUGGCGGGCUCGUGAAGAAUGCUUGCCUGUUUGGCCAGGGGGAAUUUACUGGAUAUUCUUCAAGAGGGCUUCUCAGAGCAGCAACUGCAGGCGUAUGUGGUCUGGGUGAAUUCCCAGCUGAAGAAGAAGCCAGCAAUAAGGCCAGUGCAGGAUCUGAGGCAAGAUCUUCGAGAUGGGGUCGUCCUGGCCACUCUCAUUGAAAUUGUAGCUGGUGAGAAGCUGAAUGGCAUUCAAAUUAGUCCCUCCAGCCAGCAGGAAAUGAGAGAAAAUGUUGAGAAAGUCCUGCAGUUUGUGGCAUCGAAAAAGAUCCGUAUGCACCAAACUUCAGCGAAAGAUAUCGUUGAUGGGAACCUGAAAUCCAUCAUGAGGCUGAUCCUUGCCUUAGCUGCUCAUUUUAAACCUGGCUCCAGUAGAACAGCCAUUCAGAGCCCAUCCAGCACGGUGGGGAAGAGCCUUUCAGCAUCAUCAGCCAGUCACAGGCCUCAUUCAGCAGCUGCCGUGGUUCAGGGGGUCGUGGCUGCUCUGGCAGAUGUUCGUCAGGAUGUGUCACGCUCAGGACGUGAUGUUUUCCGGCACAGACAGAGGAACAGCAGCGUAGAUGAAGAGAUUGAGAAUCCCUACUGGAGUGUCCGAGCACUGGUGCAGCAGUAUGAGGGGCAACAGAGCGUUCCCUCAGAGUCCUGCUCCUCCAGUCUGACAUCACCCAGUCCCAUACACAGCACAAAGAGCGAGUCCAUUGGAACCCAGUCGGAAGAGAAGGCAGGCUUUGUGAUCAUCCGAGCUGAAGAAACAGAAACCAAAACAGAAGAGACGGACUCACCAUUUCUCCCAGAGUGGCAGGCCGGGAGCCCUGGGGUAUAUCUAGAGACCUCCUGGGAGGAGCAGCUGCUGGAACAACAAGACCAUUUAGAAAAGGAAAUGGAAGAAGCAAAGAAGAUGAUUUCAGGCCUGCAGGCAUUGCUGCUCAAUGGGUCUUUACCUGAGGAUGAGCAAGAGGGAUCAUUUGUCCUUUGUGAACAUGGAGCCUGCCCAGAAGAGCAGCUGGUCAUAAUCCGAAGUCGCCUGGACCAGAGCAUGGAUGAAAAUCAGGACCUAAAGAAGGAAUUACUGAAACAUAAACAAGAGGCACGAAACCUACAAGGCAUAAAGGAUGCAUUGCAGCAGAGGUUGGCCCAGCAGGAUGCUUCAGUUCUUCAGCUAAAGCAGGAGCUUCUGAGAGCAAAUAUGGACAAGGAGGAAUUGCACAACCAGAAUGUUGAUCUGCAGAGGAAGGUUGAAGAGAGGAACAGACUUCUGGGAGAAUACAAAAAGGAGCUGGGCCAGAAGGACCGGCACUUACAGCAGCACCAGGCCAAGCUCGAUGAAAUGCUCCGUCAGCUCUCUGAAGCCAGCUACCAGCAGGCAGAUUUGCAGCGGGAGCUGGAGCACAAGGAGGCCCUGCUGGCUCAGUGCAUGAAGAGAGAGGCAGAAGAGGUGAUGGGCUACAGCAAUCACAGCACUCAGAGCAAUGGCUUCCUCCAGACAGCAGGAAAAGGAGCUGCUCCCACGGCCCACAGAGUGACAAAUGACCUGCAGUUGGUGCGCGAUGCCCUGCGCAGCUUGCGGAACAGUUUCAGCGGCCACGACCCUCAGCACCACACUAUCGACAGCCUGGAACAAGGCAUCUCCAGCCUGAUGGAGAGACUGCACCGCGUGGAGACACAGAAGAGGCAAGAGAGAAGGGUUCAAGGGAAGUCACCCGCCAGCCAAGGAGCGAAUGAGUAUCGGGACUCCUGGCCUCCCAACUCCAAAUUGCCGCCUUCUCACAGCACACCCACUAUGAGCAGCAGUGCCUGCACCAAAGUGCUCUACUUCACUGAUCGCUCACUCACACCUUUCAUGGUCAACAUACCAAAAAGGUUAGGUGAGGUGACUCUGAAGGACUUCAAGGCAGCUAUCGAUCGGGAAGGAACCCACCGGUAUCAUUUCAAAGCCCUGGAUCCCGAAUUUGGCACAGUCAAGGAGGAGGUGUUCCAUGAUGAUGACAUCAUUCCUGGUUGGGAAGGGAAAAUUGUAGCCUGGGUGGAAGAGGAUCAUGGGGAAAACUAAUCGGACUUGUGGGUCUUGUUUUUGUGGGGACCUGUCACUGGCUGCACUGCUCAGAGAGAAUGACCAAAAAGAGCAUAAGCUGGGACACAUCCAAUUCAAGCUGCCAAAAGAGAGGACUUCUCUCAAACAACGGGUAAAACACUUUUUUGUGUGCGAGGAUGCCUGGCGUCUAGCUUUCCAUGGCCAAAUGCAAACAGUGUUGUAAGACUGAAUUUACAGGUUGAUGGGAAAGACUCAUCUUGCUUUGUCCUGUCAAUAAAACCCUGGAGGCCUUAA